CACAAUCCUGGAUUGACAUACUUCAGUUGACAAGAACAGUUAGCCAAAAGCAGAACUAUAGAAGUCAAAGAGCAAGGAGAGUACGUUUAAAGACUUCGCCAGCACUGUGGACUUAGACGGACUAGGCCUUGGUUUCUAUUUGGCAGGUGGUGCCGAUUACAUUCUGAAUUUUAUGGCAUGAAUAGUACUUCUAUCAUGACUUCAGUUAUGCUAACGUCUGGGGCCUAUCAAGGUCUAGGGGUCUGUUACCGACAUGACCUCGCACCCCAUGGCCAAUGGUACAAAGUUGCCCCACACUUCCUGUCCUCUCUUUCCUCUUUCAGAUUUCAACCAGAGGAACAGAUGCAACCCGGCUGUGUGGGCAGCAAGGUUCCUCUCUGGGGAGCCCUCCCGAUCAAACGGAGUUUGUAUCCUCCGGGAGGAGCCUGCGGCUGACCUUCCGGGCACACUCCUCUGAGAACAAAGUCACACACCUCCACAAAGGCUUCCUGGCUCUCUACCAAGCCAUAGCUGUGAGCCAACCCAAUGGGGACGCUGAGGCUGUCACCACACCUGGAGCCAACCCUCCCGAGAUUCAGAACCACUGCCCAGGUCCCUAUUAUAAGGAAGAGCAGACAGGGACACUUAGCUGCCCAUCCUCGCGGAAGUGGAAGGACAGACAGCGCGGAGAAGAGGUUCCUGAGUGUGUGCCGGUCUGUGGAAGACCAGUCGUCCCCAUUGCGGAGAACCCAAACACUUUUGGUUCUUCCAGAGCCAAGCCGGGCAACUUCCCCUGGCAAGCCUUCACCAGCAUCUAUGGCCGUGGGGGCGGAGCCCUGCUGGGUGACAGAUGGAUCCUGACGGCUGCCCAUACCAUCUUCCCCAAGGAUAGCAUCUAUCUCAGAAAGAACAAGACUGUGAAUGUGUUUCUGGGUCACACAGACGUAGACGAGCUGCUGAAACUGGGGAACCAUCCUGUCCGAAGGGUGGUGGUUCACCCAGACUACCGCCAAGAGGAGUCCCACAACUUCGAUGGGGAUAUCGCCCUCCUGGAGCUGGAGCACAGGGUCCCUCUGGGGCCCAAUCUCCUCCCGGUCUGUCUGCCGGACAACGAGACCCUCUACCACAGCGGCCUGUGGGGUUACAUCAGUGGGUUCGGUGUGGAGAUGGGCUGGUUAACGACGAAGUUGAAAUACUCAAAGCUGCCUGUAGCUCCCCGGGAGGCCUGUGAAGCCUGGCUCCGCCAGAGGCAGCGAACCGAGGUGUUUUCUGACAAUAUGUUCUGUGUCGGGCAAGAGAUGCAGGUCAACAGUGUCUGCCAGGGAGACAGUGGCAGCGUCUACGUGGUGUGGGACGACCGUGCUCUUCGCUGGGUGGCCACGGGCAUUGUAUCCUGGGGCGUCGGGUGUGGCAAGGGGUACGGCUUCUACACCAAAGUGCUCAGCUACGUGGAUUGGAUUAAGGGGGUGAUUGAAUGUAAAGACCGAUGUCCGGAGGCCUGAGCAGUGGCCCUCAAGAGGUCCCAGCUAAGAACAGGCAGGAGUGA